CCGCCCAUUCUCAUACUUCUUUUCUUUGCUAAACGGUGUUGUGUUCCACAAUGCCUGAGCCAGCAAAAUCUGCUCCCGCGCCCAAGAAGGGCUCGAAGAAAGCCGUCACCAAAGCCCAGAAGAAGGACGGCAAGAAGCGGAAGCGCAGCCGCAAGGAGAGCUAUUCCAUCUACGUGUACAAGGUGCUGAAGCAGGUGCACCCGGACACGGGCAUCUCGUCCAAGGCCAUGGGCAUCAUGAACUCCUUCGUCAACGACAUCUUCGAGCGCAUCGCGGGCGAAGCGUCCCGCCUGGCUCAUUACAACAAGCGCUCGACCAUCACGUCCCGGGAGAUCCAGACGGCCGUGCGCCUGCUGCUGCCCGGCGAGCUGGCCAAGCACGCCGUAUCCGAGGGCACCAAGGCAGUCACCAAGUACACCAGCUCCAAGUGAGUCCCUGCCGGGACGUGGCGCUCGCUCGAGUCGCCGUGCCGCUUGACUCCAAAAGGCUCUUUUCAGAGCCACCCACCUAGUCACCAGAAAAGAGCUUUGUUCACUUGUUUUCCCUCUUAGUUCCUUCUCACAAAGUAAGUUCUAGUUGGUUAAAAAGGUCUUGUAAGAAGGCAUUCGUACCUUUUUAAGCUCUUCCGACUUGAGGUUUCUGGUGCGUGAUUGGCUUUGCUUUUGAAUGUAGGGCGCGUCUUAACUCCCUUUCUGGGCUGCUUAGCUUUACUAUGAGUCAGUUCUAAAUUAGGAUAUUGAGACUGCUCCUCCCAAUCGUCUGAUCCUAGACUGUUGUAUCCUGGUGGCUCUGUUGGAUACGUCUCGUUGGUGUUCCAAAACUGAUUUCGGGCUAUUCUCAUUUAAGAAAGGACCCCAGAACAUAACUAAGCCCAGGUCCUGCGAACACUGCGUCACAGCCCUGAAGAAUUGUCCAGAGAAACUGGCAGCUGCUUGAGUGCCCGGUCGCCAGUUAUGCCCUGAGAUGUAGCCUCCUGUGGAUACCCGCUGCUAGGGUACUUCUUGCGGAGCCCGCGCUGCCUGGUCUCAGCCUUUUCCUGAUUGGACGACAUGAAUAUUCAAAAUCUCCCGCCGGCGCUCACUUGGGCCCUUUGAAAUCCCUAUUUCUGUUUGUGGAUCAUUUUUGCAUUCAGUUCUCUCUUCUUGGAACGCUCCGGCCUCGGGUCACUGCAAGGCGCUGGUCGUUUUAGUCUGGGCUCAAAAGUCACCUCUUGGAGACCUUCCCAAGUCAUCCACUCAGGAAUUUGCGUCUCUUGUUCCUGCCUGUACUGGUCCCUCACUGUUUUAUCUUCCUCCUAGCAGCUGUCAGAAAUUGUAUUUUUUUAUUUACGGUCUGUCUUCUCAAGCCCUUAACAGAAACUUUGCUGGUCUGGUUUUCCUCUAUAUGGUCAAUGCCAACCAGUGCUUGGUGAACACUUAAAACCUUAAUAUUGUAUCACUUUUUCUGUCUCACCUCUGUAAUUGCUUCCAUAGGUGGAUGAGUAUGGUUAGAUGUCUGUGAAGACAUGAUGAAGAUGGGAAUGUUUUUGGAGCUCCUUCCCAAAGUCUGUCUGGUCACCUCAGAGCAACAGCUGGGAGGAAGCCUGUGUUAAAAUUUGUGUGUGUGUGUGCGCAACGGGGAGUGGCAAUUUUAAAUCAAUUUUGCUUCUCAGUUUGGCCUAAUUGCUUGAAUUUUCAUUAAAUUCAGAGCAUUGGCCACUGGAAAGAUCCUUUUCCUUUUUCUUUAUGGCACUUUUCCUUCCAUCCUGACCCUUUGUUCCCCACUGAGAUGGCUUUUAAUUUACACUCACCGUCUCAUUUGCUUUUUAGGAGACCCCAUAAAAUAGACAAGGUUAAUAUCCCUUUAAAAAUGGGGUUGAGAGGAGCAAAGUGGACCACUGGUCAUGCAGCUAACAUUUUCCUCUUUUGUAUCCUCAGAUUUGAGGACAAUUGCAUUUUAGUUUUAUUUCCUGUAAUUACAGAAUGCUCAGUCUCUCAGUCCACGCAUUGAUUUUGUUGAUACAGACACUGAUGAUCUGAUCGGUUAUUCAGCUCUGCUUUUGAAUAAGGGGUCCUGGAGGUGAUUGCAGGGGUUUCAUGAAUUCAAACGGACUCCAGACAUUAUCAGAGACUGAAUAGAUCUUAUGCUUCCUGGAUGUGUCUUUUCAGAUGUGUGUAGAUGCUGUUGUUAUUAAUAAAGUUACCAAUUAAUUUAAA